CUGAAGAAAGAAACACAUCUGUUCUAUUUUUCUGGCAUAGAGAAGUUCAGAAAAACUGAAACCUUCUGACGAGGACGGACAUUUGCAAAAACUGACUUAAGGAUGCAGGACGGGAGCUGGAAUGACACACUCCCCAUCUCUCUGCUGAUGAAAGAGGCGUGUCCUCCAGGGGGCGUAUCUUUGGAGGGGGAUGGGGGAAUGCUUUCAGUGCCACCUCUUGAUGGCGAGGUUUACUUGGCCUCAAUGGCUGAGUUAGAGAGUGGGGACGGGGACUUUCCAGAACUUUCUGCUUUCCUGAGCCAGGACGAGAUCAGCCUCAGUCUGGACCUGGCUCGUGAGGCCAUGAGUGAUGCAGAUGACCCAAAUGACCAAGAUGAACCCCCCGUUCCCACAGAGCACCUGCCCCUUUACUCAGAAACCAAAGACCCCUCUCUCCCAGAUUCAGCAUCUCAGUCAACUGACGCCACAUCAAGUAAAGUCACAUCCAAUCAGAGCAUGCCACUCAGCAGGCCUAAUCAGCCCUGCACUGCUCUUGAAUCACCCGAAAAGUUUGUCUGCCAAAAAUCCAUCACACCAGUAUAUAAGCAGGACCGUCCCCGGCUGGUCCACGGAGGCCUAGAGCUCAAUGAACGAGCUGCUUCAGCUACCGAGUUCUGCAGCCGAGCUGCUACCUUCAUUGAGGAGCUCUCUUCCAUCUUCAAAGGCUCCACACGUGUGGAUCAGCAAGGUGAUGAAGACUCCUCUUCGCCCGACAGUGGCUACUUGUCUCCAAGGAGCCACCGGCUGGCCAUACAGCAGGCUCAGCCACCUUCAUCCUCUUCAUCUUCAUCUGAGCCCCAGCAGGAAAGUAUGCACCAGGGACUGGCUGAUGUUGGGUCUGAUGAGCAUCAGGGCCGAGGGGUAAGUCUAGAUGGACCCAUGGCUCCUCCACACUUCACCCAGAAACUGAAGAGCCAGGAAGUGGCAGAAGGAAGCCCUAUUCGCCUUGAAUGCAGAGUGACUGGAAACCCCCUUCCACUAGUCAGGUGGUUUUGUGAGGGGCGGGAGCUGCACCACUGCCCUGAUAUCCAGAUCUGUCGUAAUGGUGACUUGCACACUCUGGUGAUAACUGAAGCAUUUGAAGACGACACCGGCAGGUACACCUGCGUAGCUUCCAACGCACUGGGAGCAGACAACACCUUUGCAGAGGUCUAUAUUGAAGGCACUUCUUCCUCAGACUCAGAAGGUGAAGGAUCCGUGUCGAAGUCUAGGUCUGGAGCCAUGCCACAGGCACAGAAGAAAACCAGCUCAGUUUCCUUGACGAUACACACAUCAUCACUAAAGAGCCCAGAGGCCCAACCCCAUCGCUCCACACUGGUCCAGCCGCUUUCUUCUAAACCGCAAAGAGUCCAGAGUCCAGUUUCUUCACUCUGUGCUGGUGAUGCUCCUGUUAAAGCACCCCCUACCUUUACUAAGAUGUUGCAGGAUGCACAGGCAUCUGAAGGUCAGGUGGUGGUCCUGGAGUGCCGGGUGAGAGGUAGUCUUCCUCUGUGUGUCCAGUGGUUUCGAGAGGGCCAGGAGAUCCAGGACUCCCCUGACUUCCGCAUGCUGCAGAAGAAGCCAAGAUCCGCAGCAGAACCUGAGGAAAUCUGUACAUUGGUGAUUGCAGAGGCGUUCCCUGAAGACGGAGGUCUGUUCCGCUGCACUGCAACCAACCAAUAUGGCGCAGUUAAUAGCACUGCACAACUCACUGUCACCCCAGUUGUUGAAGAGUUGCCCGGCAACGGUGUAUCCGGGGAUGAUAGUGUGUUUGAGGACAACCAAUUGUUCCCGCCUCCACCUCCUCCGCCGACUGAGAUUAGUUUGUUGGAAGUCCCACCCAAAACCCCGCCAAGUGCCGAGGCCUUCCAGAUCAAUGAGCUGGACAUCUGGCCCAGGGUCACUGCGCUGCCUGUUCAGGUCUCCACCGAUAAAGAGCCUCAGGAAAGUCUAUCUGACAGACCUCUACAAAAUGGUCAGGUCUUAAACAAGCCACCAGAUGAGAGUCUACCAUCACCUUCAAGUGUGAAGGUAACAGCGGCUCCGCCUCCAUCACCUUCAGCUGUUAAAGCUCCACCUCUCCCCACCAAACCCAAACCUAAACUAUCAAAUGAGCAAGCAGACGACCUCUCAAAUGAAAGAAACGCAGCACAACUGAAGCAACUUCAGGAUCAGAUCCUUCUCGAGCAGCAACAACAGCUUCCUCCUCCUCAGGAAGUCCCGCCUCCAUCUCCACCUCUCCCUCCUCCUCCCUCCUUCCAGGAGCUGGAGAGUAGCACCAUGCAGACAAGCACCUUCAACUAUGCCCGGCCUAAGCAGUUCAUUGCUGCACAGAGUCCCACAACAAGCGGGGGAUCGAUUGGAUACAGCACGCAGUCCUCGACCUCCUCGAGCUCCAGUCCGCUGUCCCCUACAAUGUCCCACAAACCCUUCAGCCGCGUCACACUUCCGCCCUUCCAGCAGCAGCCGCUACUGUCCAAAGGAAGCAGCGUAGAGUCUCCCAGCUCGCCUUCUUUCCCGCCGCCCCCUCCGCCCUUUCUCAGCUCCAGCACUCUAUCCUCUCCUGCUGGCUUGCCACAAGACUUCCCUCCUCCACCUCCACCGCCUCCGCCACCUGUCACGUCGAGCCCCACCCGCUCAGACGCCUCCUCGCCGUUCACAUCCACUCCCCACUCACCAGCUGGGUUUCUGGUGUCUGUGCUCCCAGCCACACCAGCUCUGCCACCAGUGAAUGCGUUGGGGCUGCCCAAGGGUAAUGGCACAGUGGCUUUGCCACGUAAGACUACACCCCGUACACCGCGUAUCAUCUCUGAUUCAGCGAUCCAGGGCUCCAAAGACGCCGUUAUACAAGAUCUGGAGAGAAAACUACGCUUCAAAGAGGAAAGACUCAGCAAUGGACAGCAGAGGUUAACCUAUGAGGAGAAGAUGGCUCGCAGACUGCUGGGUGCUGACAAUGCUGCCACAGUGUUUAACACACAACAGGUGGAGGAGGAGCCAGUUACACAGGAAGGCAGCUCAGCUGACUCAGAGUUUGUCCCUCAAAAGGAGUAUAAAGUGUCCAGCUUCGAGCAGCGGUUGAUCAGCGAGAUUGAGUUUCGACUGGAGCGCUCACCUGUGGAGGAAUCUGACGAUGACGUUCAGCAUGAUGAAGAUGCGCCCGGGGAGGUUGCACCGUUCUUCGAUCAGAAGCUCAAGCAUUACAAAGUCUUCGAGGGAAUGCCUGUGACCUUCAGCUGCAAGGUCAUCGGAGACCCAAAGCCAAAGGUGUACUGGUUUAAGGACGGAAAGCAGAUCUCGAAGUGCAGUGAACACUACCGUAUCAGUCGUGAUCCGGAUGGCACAUGCUCUUUGCACACAGCGGCUGCCUCGCUAGAUGAUGAUGGGAACUACACCAUUAUGGCAGGCAACCCAGCGGGGAGAGUGAGUUGUACUGGAAGGAUGAUGGUCCAGGCCGUGAACCAAAGGGGGAGAAGUCAGCGCUCCACACCUGGACACAUCCGCAGGGCUGGACAGAACUCAUUCAACCUAGAGCUCAUUGUUGCAGCAUCAUUACUCCAGUCCAUCGCCAGCAACAGGGCUGGACAGAACUCAUUCAACCUAGAGCUCAUUGUUGCAGCCAAAGAGAUGCAUAAAGCUCCAUGCUUCAUUGAGAAACUCCAGAACACAAGUGUCGCUGAGGGUCACCCAGUGCGCCUUGAGUGCCGUGUGUCUGGAGUCCCAUUCCCACAGAUCUUCUGGAAGAAAGAGAAUGAGUCCUUCACUCACAACACCGACAGGAUAAGCAUGCACCAGGACAACUUUGGUUACCUCUGCAUGAUCAUCCAGCCGGCUCUGAAGGAAGACGCAGGCUGGUACACGGUUUCAGCCAAGAACGAAGCUGGCAUCAUCUCCAGUACGGCACGUCUCGACGUACAUGCCCAGUGGCAGCAGACUCACACUCCGAAGCUCAAGAAGGUUCGUCCAUCAGCGAGCCGCUACGCCGCUCUGACAGAACGAGGUCUGGAUGUGAAGGCAGCCUUCUUCCCAGACUCCAAUCCUCCUCUUCCUGGCACCCUAGUGGAGAGUGACGACCUGUAGAGACUAGCAUGGAGGAUCUGACCUUGGAAUCCCGAUCCCUUGAUCCAGUGUACUCCAUAAUCCCCACCCAUUUCCCAAUAAACACCUCUAGCUGGGGUUGGAUGAAAAAGUGAUCGAUUGACUUUGAAUGGUGAGGGAGGAAGUUGCAAAGCAUUUCCUCACAGAUUAUGAUUCUUGGUAUUAUCACUUCUUCUCCGCCUGAGGAGGACCAUUCACUAUGCUUUUAUUUCAGUUGUUGUCUGAGGGGAAGUGAUGUGGGUGAUUAAGUGAGGUCAUAUCCUGCUUGUAUACAGACUUAAUGGUUCGCCGACGCACUUAACACACACACACACACACACCAGCACGUGCUUUGAGGAAGGAGGUAGUAUACCGAUGAUCACCUUGUUUUUCAUCUCUAGAUUUUACAAGUGCCUAAGAAAUAUUUAAUUU